AUUGGUUUACACUAGCUCGUGAAAGAGAUAUUGGAUAUUGGGUAUUGACCUUCAAGUACAAAUACCCGCAGUUUCCACUAUUGCAGCAACAGCUGUUUUAUCUAUUUAUGGAUUUUAGUUUAUAAAGUGGUAUUUAAACAGUUCAGUCACAUGUGCGACAACAACUCAGAUUUGAGGAAUUUUGUUUUAGAGAACGAUUGUAACUUUGCUGUCGACAACGUUGAUUUUAAAACUAAAGAGACAAUUUUGGAGAAAUGUCGUAAGAUUUUAGAGGAUCAUACAGUUUGUGAACUUUAUACUUGUCUCUGUUGCUUGCGAAUAUUGACGCGCGAUGAUAUCCUCCGGAAGGAAUUAACAUCCGAGUUGUUUUUGUCCCGAAUCUUCAAAUAUGCCUUUGAAUACCACUCCAACCCUGAGUAUAGUAAAAUUACCCUAGAAGCUCUAAAGUCUCUUUCCAAUAUCGUAUUUAAAGAGUCAUGCGUCAUAAACCAACUUAAGUCUAUGGGUUUCAUAAAAACUGCAUUGGAAAGUGUGAAUAUUCUCAUUACGAAUGGAGAUAAGGAAAAGCUCCUGUUAUGUCUUAAGCUUCUUUUUCUUGUUACCGCCCUGGAUUCAGCUUCAAGACAAGAUUUAAUCAAAUUCAACGCUCUACAAAUGCUUUUGAAAGUCGUUAAGCUGAAAAUAUCAAAAACAAUUGAUUCAGAUGUUGCAGCAGAAGCACUUAAAGUUGUAUAUAAUAUACUCUAUUCAACUAGAGAUGAAGAUGUUACGACAGAGUUAGGUGAUGAUAUCCGAAACCUGGUAGUUAUGUUGAGAUGCAUUUUACAAGAUCCGAUGUUGGACCAAUCCAAUAAUUAUGCUUUGGCCAGUCAGGUUAUCAACGUAUUGAACAUCAUUCCAAAACAUUUAUACAAAUACCUUUUAGAUGAGGCUUCUGGUGACCAUGUCGUUGAUAAAUUGUCAAAAGGUUCAGCUUCAGUGGAUGAAACAGAUAAAAUGUCUUCUAUCGAGUUCUUAAUAACCUUUCUCCACUCUCAACUUAAAUUGGAUGCUAGUAAAGAAUCCGAAACUGCUAGCGAUUUACGAACUGAUGAAAGAAUUUGUCCUAUCCUGAAUUGUCUUACUCGAGCAAGUAAAUCGAAUCGCCAGAUUAGGAAAUUCUGCCGUUUAAAAGUACUACCUUACCUGGGUAAAGAUGUUACACGUCUACCAGAAGAUGGUGAUAGCAUCAGAAAUUACCUUUGUAAAUUGUUAACAAAUCCAGUUCAGAUUGUUGGUGAAUCGGCAGCAAUUAUUUAUCUUUGUACUUUGCAAGGAAAACAUUGGACGAGCAGUGAAAUACACCGGUUUUGGCAAUUUUGCUGGAUUUCUCGCACGUCAUGCUUUACUUGGGAAACCAUCAAAAGCUAAUAGAGAAUCUAAUUGUACUGGAGAGUCAGAUGAUGAAUAUUCGGAUACAUCGACGGAAUCAGAAACAGAGGAAUAUAAAAAGUUGAAAGAAGAUGUGAAUCCUGUGACAGGUCGAUGGGAAAUUCCACAACCGAAUCCAAUGGAAAAUAUGUCUGAAGAACAAAAGGAAUAUCUUGCUAUGGACUUAGUACAGAAAAUUGACAAGCUUGAAAGAUCUGGAUUAAUUCAACCAGGAACUAUCGGUGAAGAUGGACGGGUGAGACCUGUACAACAUGUACUUGAACUUAUCCAAACAAAAGAAGAUGAUCAAAAAUCAGACGAUUCAGAGAACUAAGAAGACAGACUUUAAAGAAUUUGUAUGCAUAAUACGGUUAGACUGACUACCAAAGAGUUAACUGUUUGAUCAUGUACCAAUCAAUUAACUGAAAUAAUAUCGGCCGUUGUGCAUUUGAUUGGCUUUUGAAAUGCUUUAAUCAAAAUCACUGAAUAACGAAAAUACACUUUUAAUUAUACAAGUAUGCUUAGUCUCGUUUUUUUUUGUU